AUGAUUGAUAAAGUUUCCCUCAAGUGUUUCCACGACAUCGAGGGAGCACCGACUCUUCUCCUUUGGAGGAAACUAAGACACCAUGCCGAGCAGGAAGCCUCCGGCGAAUCCGCUGGAACCUUGAUCCGUCGGCAGCGUGUCCCCCUGCCCCCCCCAGAUGAUGACCAGUUCUACAACAUUUUCCAUUUGAACCUGAACCAACAGAUGGUGCUGUACGCGCGCACUUUCACUGUGACCAACUGUGACUCCUUCACCAGGAACUUCCUCACUAAACUGGGGGUGAUCCUGAAUAACCCCGCCACUGCACCUGACGACCCGCACAGCUGCCUGCUGGAUAAGAUUGAAAAGAGUAUGACGCCCCUGCGGCCGUACGAGAGGCGAGACACUCUGAAACAGUUCCUGGACCACGACCGCAAAGUCCUGCGCUUCAGCUGCUUCUGGGACGACUCUGAGAGCGUGUUCGGAGACCCCCACCAACUCAUCCUGCACUACUACCUGUCCGACGACACCGUGGAGAUCCUGGAGACAAUCGCCCCAAACUCCGGCAGGGAUAACCCCGCAAAGUUCCUCCACCGCAGCAAACUACCCAGG